UAAAGUUUGAUUCAGUCUUAGCCAGUUGUGCCCUCGCCCCUGGUGAUGUUCAGCUGGUUGAUGCACCUCCAUCUCUGGGCUGCUCCAAGAUUUUCUUCAUUGAGUGCUUGCCUUGGGACGGAGUAAGAGGACAGAGUGUUCAGGCUCUUGGUAACGGUCUGAAGAAGUGUCUGGGGCUUUGUGUACAGCUGAAUUUGGGUUCAGUGGCCAUUCCAAUCAUUGGGCCAGGAAUUGUUUUAAAAUACCCGCUGAGAGAAGCCAUUCAAGUGUUGACCGACAUCAUUCACCAGUUUGGAUUAUCCGCAUCUUCUGGAUCUCUUACAAACAUCCACAUUGUGAUUAAACCUGGCUACCCUGAUUCUGAGGCGUGCUACCACGAUUUCUACAAACAGCUCGGCUUAAAUAUGAACCAGGGAGGCAAAGCAAUCUUCAGGUCCCUCACCAGCGACCUAGAUGACAUCAUCAUGACAGUGGGAAGUGGAGUUAAACUACAUGUGGUGUUUGGUGACAUCACUAAUGAGACUACAGAUGCUGUGGUGAACAUAACAGACUUCCAAAGUUUUAACUUUGACAUCUCAACUUUAGCUGAACCACAGGUGGCAGCAACAGUGAAUCGAGGAGAAAUUUUCGUGACCCAGUCUGGAAACUUCCCCAGUAAAGCUAUUUUACAUGUGCAUGGAGAACAGCAUGAAAUCCUCAUUGAACAACUUGUGUGUGAUAUCAUUUGUUACUGUGAAUCACAUAAAUAUAAUUCAGUGGCAAUUCCUGCCAUGUGUGCUGGAGCUGGAGGUUUGGAUCCUGCGAUUGUGGCAGGAGCCAUUUUUCGAGGAAUCAAGUCAUCUGCAUCAUUCAUGACCAGCCUCACUGACAUCCGCCUCGUCCUGAUUAACAUUGAUGUCUUCUUGACUUUUAAAGAGGAAGCGAUGCAGAUGUAUUCCUCAGCCAUCAUCAACAGAGUACUUCCAGGACUUCCAGUACUUCCAGUUCAAGUACAGCAACAACAGCCUCCUAAUUCUGUGAGUGCCUACCUCAGCAGUCUCCAUAUCAGCUCUACAAGUCAGCAGUCUGUCUUCACGUUCCUGGGUCUUUCCAAAAAGGACGUUGAUGAUGCCAUGGAAAAGCUGAAGCAUCAAUAUCACACACAGUGCUCCAGUAACACCUUCUCAAAGGAGGAACUGGAACCUCUCGACCAGGAUGACAUGAUGGAGCUGAAGGAGCUGGUGGAGUCUGAGGGUUUAUUCAUGCAAACAGAUCAGUCUGGCGCCCUAACAGUGAGCGGGCUAAAAGACGGGGUCACCCGAGUGAUGCAGAAAAUGAAUCAGUGUCAGUUAAUGGGUCUUGCUAGAGAGGUAAGAGUCAGGGAGGAGGAGGAAUUGUACCUCCGAGUUGUUUGGUGCAUCCUGGCACAUAACGGUAACUGGGAAAGACUUCCCAGAACAGCCAAUCACCAACUGGAAAACAACGAAUUAACAAAAGGAAUAAAAGACGCACAGGGACUUGUAUGGGAGGUUAAUCUACAGAGAAUGGUGGCCACACAGCAACUGAGACAGACAACGAAGCUGAAGCGACUUGAGAAUCUCACAGACUUUACUUUCCCUCUGUACUGGGACAGCAUGGCUGCCAGUGAAAAUAUGACGGUCAUUCCCCUGGAGUCUUCUUCUGCAGAGUACCGAACAGUGAAGGAGGCCUUCAAACGAACCGUCGCCAAAACUGUGAUGAAGAUUGACCGUUUGCAGAACGUUCACCUGCGUCGCGCCUAUGAAGCACAGAAGAAGCACAUUUCUGAUAAGAAUGCACAGGAGGGAGGAGCAGGGGAGAAACUUCUGUACCACGGGACGACCCAGGAAAAUUGCGACUCCAUAAUGAAAACUGGAUUCAACAGGCGCUUUGCUGGACAAAAUGCAACUGUAUUCGGUCUCGGGACCUACUUUGCUGUAGAUGCCAACUACUCGGCCCAACCCACCUACUCCAAGCCAGCUGCUGAUGGUUCUCAGUUAAUGUUUGUCGCCCGAGUCCUCACAGGCGUCUGCACUCAUGGCCGACAUGAUAUGACGGUGCCUCCACCUCGAAGCCACCAGCAGCCUCACGACCGCUAUGACAGUGUGGUAGACAGAAUAGAUAACCCCAGCAUGUAUGUUGUGUUUCAUGACAACCAAGCGUACCCUGACUACCUCAUCACAUUCAAGUGAGAGUAAAGGAAAAGUGUUUUCCACUGUUUACAAACGAAGGUGUCUGAAAAAUCCAAAAAGAAAAAAUAGUAAAACUUAUAUAUGCACAUUUCACACUACAGUUAUAUUCAAUGAAAGGUCGAGUUUGAAUUAUAGAAUUAUGUCUGAUUUUAAGCUUAAUUAUUGACCUGUCACUGAAUUGGAAAAGUUAUAUGUGUACAUAAACACUGGAAACAUGUUACACAAUCAUGCAGUUUUUAAUCUUUGAUUUGGUUGACAUUUGCAUCUUACAUCUUCACUUUGUAAAGUGUAAAGCACUUUAAAUCACAUCUAAUUAGUCCAAGAACAUGUCACAAUACUCUAAUAACGAUUUACUGUAUGAUUGCCUGGUCCAUUUGUAAACUGUGACAUUUCAUUUGAAUUGUGGUGACAUUAUGCAAACAACAUCUAAAAAAUAUUUUAAUUCAUAAUCAAGUAACUGUUAAACAUAGUAAACCAUCUGGUAGAAGAGUUUAAAAAGUUAACUGUGUUAAAAUGAGAGUUAAAAACAUGAGUGAAGAGAGAAAAGCUCCAGUGGGAUGAUAAUCUUUCUUGUCUGUGGCAUUUUUGUCCACAGCUAAAUGUGUUUUACAAGAAAAGGGCUCUAUAUGUUUCCUUUGGAGUUCAUUUACUACAAAACUGAAUCUGUUAUAUAUAUCCAGUCGUUAAGUCUGACGUCACUAGCCGUGUCUGGGCCUAAACUCCGCUGCA